AUGCCUCCGAAAACCCCUUCCAAAGGUUCCAGUACAAAGCCAAGUUGCUCGUUCCUUAUGAAACUUCCUCGAGAGAUCCGCGACAAGAUUUACCGUUUCCUCUUCAUUGAUGAGAGAUUGGAGUCUCACGUUGAGGCUGCCAGAUUUGUUGCCACCUUUCGAGACAGGAGUCUCGAUGAAGUGAAGCUAUUCCCAAACAUCCUUCGGGUAAAUCGACAGAUAAACACUGAGGCGACAGCUGUUCUCUAUGGUGAGAACACGUUUCUCGCAUCCUUCGUUUCAUGGAAUACGGGCUGGUGCGCGUUGACACGAAAUGUUGACAUUGACAUACUCGAUCCGGAUUGCGGAAGCAUCAGCUUGAUUGGAAGUAUCAAAAGAUGGAAAGUGGUACUCAGUGCGGAAUUUAGACACUCACAAGGUCUAGAUCCGCAUACACCUGAUCCAAAUUUCUCUCGUUUUUGUCGAGUUCUGUCGGAGAAUCAACCUACCUCCCUUGAAGUAUUGGUAAUUCCCAAACGCGAGGAACCAGUUCCGGCUAGGAGUUGCUAUCUUAGUGGCGUCAUAGAAGUCGAGGCCGAAGCAUACCCAUAUAUCAAUACAAACUGCUUUCCAUUCAAGGUCUACUUCAAACAAGCAGUUCAAGACAUGGACGUACAGUACUUAGAGAUCCGCAGUGCUAGAAAGAAGCUGUUCGAUCAUGACAUCGUCCAACGUUUGAAGAACGUGGACCUCGAGCUGUGGAGAAUUGACGAGAGCAUUGACUUUAGUGUCAAUGAGCCUGUUAUUGGACCGGAUGAAGAGGAGACCGAGCUGGGGAUGGAUCCAGGCACAGGGUGGUGA